AUGAAAAACAAAGAUUUGGACGUGGAGAAAGACUUGCUCGAGCUCGUGCCUCCAGCAAUUUGCUUCGCAAAAUUCAGAUGGGAAGACUGUGGACGUCCCCCAGUACCUGUCAUGUACUACUGGCGACCUGGAUCUCGCUGCGAAGUGGGUCUGUGGCGAGGUUGCCUCCCUAAUCUCAAUAUGUUUCAAGAUGAAUACGAAUGCGUAGCUACUUGCAUCUACUCAGCGAGAGCAGCACCACCAGAUUACCAUGCUAUUAACGCUGGUGACCAGGUCGAGACGACUGAGGUUGAUAUUGCUUCUACCACAGGUAAUGUGACAGAACUGAACUCAACGACGACAGUCAGUUCGGGUGGUACAGGAAGUGGGGAGUUUACUGGUACCACGGUUGCUGUCGCCGAAGGUAAUAAAACAACAAAAGCUACAAAUGAAACUGUUACAACUGUAGCGGCUGUUUGA